UCCAACUCCCAGCAGCCCGCGCGGCUUCCGGUCGGCAAGAUGGUGGCGCGCAGGAGGAAGCGUGCGCCGCGGGGCUCUGAGGACGGGAUCCCGGGCCCCCUCGGCUACUCAGCGGUCCCAAUCAAGUUCUCUGAAAAGCAGCAGGCUUCUCACUACCUGUAUAUGAGAGAGCACAGAGUUCGAGAAGGCACCAAGUCUUCCUGGCCUCAGAAGAGGACCCUUUUUGUCCUCAAUGUGCCCCCGUACUGCACAGAGGAGUGCCUGUCCCGCCUCCUCUCCCCGUGUGGCCCCGUCCAGUCUGUGGAGCUGCAUGGGAAGCCCGAGCUCGCCGAGAGCCCAAAGGAGCCGAAGUCGAAGUUUUUCCACCCCAAGCCCGUCCCGGGGUUCCAGGUGGCCUACGUGGUGUUCCGGAAGCCCAGUGGGGUGGCGGCCGCCGUGGCCCUGAAGGGCCCUUUGCUGGUGUCGACAGAGAGUCACCCCGUGCAGAGCGGCGUGCACAAGUGGAUCCGUGACUACACAGACUCCAUCCUGGACCCGGAGGCCCUGAGGGUCGAAGUGGACACGUUCAUGGAGACGUAUGACAAGAAGAUAGCCGAGGAGGAAGCUAAGGCCAAGGAGGAGGAAGGGGUCCCGGACGACGAGGGCUGGGUGAAGGUGACCCGCCGAGGCCGGCGGCCCGUGCUGCCCCGGACGGAGGCGGCCAGCCUGCGGGUGCUGGAGAGGGAGAAGAGGAAGCGCGCCCGCAAGGAGCUGCUCAACUUCUACGCCUGGCAGCACCGGCAGACCAAGAUGGAGCAUCUGGCGCAGCUGCGCAAGAAGUUCGAGGAGGACAAGCAGAGGAUUGAACUGAUGCGGGCCCAGCGCAAGUUCCGGCCCUACUGAGCCGGCUCAGGUGCCGUGCUGCCCGCACCCUCCCAUCGCUUUGCUUCUCCUCCACGCGCCAGCUGCCAGAGGCGUCCCAAGAAAGACAACGCUGGUCUCGCGGUGGGAGGACUGGGGACCUCGCGCCAGGGACCCCUGGCUCCCGCGGCUUGUCUCAGGGGCUGGGCUCAGACUUACCUGAUGAGCAGAAGGUGGGCCUGCAGUUUUUUGGUGAGAGGCAACAACUGCUCUCUGCUGAUGAAUUCAGCGUAACGCUCCGGCUGCUGAG